GCUGGAGCCGGAGCCUCCGCUCUUGGUGGUGCCAUGGAGCUGGGACCCAGCAUCCUCCAGCCCAGGAGCCCUGAGCAGAUCCACCAGGAUCUGCUCUUGCAGCCGUGGGCAUGGGAAUGGUGAUGGAGGGGUUGGGAGCUGUGAGGAGGGGGCCGGGAAGCAGCGCAUCCCCUGCUGCUGCUCCCUGUUCUGUGGAGCCGGGGUCACUGUGUGCUUUGGUGCUGGGAACAGAUGCUGCUUGUCUUGUGUGUCCUUCGGGAAGAGCUUCCUCCACCCCUGGAGAUGGGACCUGGGGGAGGAAGGAGAUAAAGGAGCCCAGAACACAGCCUCAUUGUGCACCCGGGUCCUGUUCCCGUCAGCAUCCCAGCCACAAGAUGAGGAUGGGGAAGCCUCUUGGAUGCUUCUUCUCAGGACUGGUGGGGAGCAGGAGCACUGGGACCCCCCUUCCCCAUCCCAUGGGAGCUCCAAAGGAUGGGAGCAGCAUCCCCCUAUCAGGGCCUUGCCACAUAAAUGCCCACAGCCCUGAGUCCUGCGGGUGCAGGCAGCACCCUCCAGCCCUGGGUGCUGAUGCUGAGGGGAGGCUUUGCCGGUCCCAGGGGUGCUGGAGCCCGGGGUGGUGCUGGCAUUCCCGAUGCUGUGGCCAGCACAUAAAGGGAUGUUUGUUAUCCGGGUGUGCUGUGUUUUGCCGAGCAGAACAAUACAGAGAAAGAUGCUCACAAUGGGAAAUUGUGCUUCCUCCUCCCCUGCAUCCCUCGGGGAGGUGUUGGGGGGGGAGAACCGGACAAGAAAGUGGGAAGAGACGGAGACAGGUCCAGGAGCGCGGGCAUGGCCAUGGGACCGCAGGGGCACCGCGCUGCAGGGACGGUGCCAGCGCCAGGGCAGUGACAGGGCACCCAUCCCUGUGUCCCUGGGUCCUCUUUUCCCUCUUGACCUUCCCAGAGCCUUCAGCCCUGCCAUGGGGCGGCUGUGACGGAGCCGGGACGCGGCUGGAUGGGAACUGUGGCUUCCCAAAGGACACGGCUGGGGACGGCACCGUCCUGCCCCCGGCUCUGAGGAUGCACCAGCUUCUCCUGCUCAGCUCCCUUUGGCUCUCGGUGGUACCCCCAGCAUUGAGCAUCUUCCAGAGUCCAACUGGGACCCCGGCCGCCCCCCAGCUGCAGUACCUGCUGGAGCCACUGCACAGCACGGUGCACACGCGGCGCGGAGCCACGGCCACGCUGCCCUGCGUCCUGCGCGCGCUGCCCCGCAACUACCGCGUCAAGUGGAGCAAGGUGGAGCCGGCCAACUACGGCGAGAGCAUCAUCAUCAUCACCAACGGGCUCUACCACAAGAACUACGGGCCCCUGAGCCCCCGCGUGCGCCUGCGCCACAGCCACCGCUACGACGCCUCGCUGACCAUCAGCCACGUGGCGCUGGAGGACGAGGGCCGGUACCGCUGCCAGCUCGUCAAUGGGCUGGAGGAUGAGAGCGUUUCGCUCACGCUGCACCUUGAGGGCAUCGUCUUCCCCUACCAGCCCAGCAGCGGGCGCUACAAACUGAACUACCACGAUGCGAAGAGAGCCUGCGAGCAGCAGGACUCCCGUCUCGCCACCUACCAGCAGCUCUACAAAGCCUGGACGGAGGGUCUGGAUUGGUGCAACGCCGGCUGGGUCCUCGAUGGGACCGUCCAUUACCCCAUCAUCAACUCGCGGGAGCCGUGCGGCGGCCGCCUCCUCCUGCCCGGGGUCCGCAGCUAUGGGGCCAGGGACAAGCAGAGGGACCGGUUCGAUGCUUUCUGCUUCACUUCUGCUCUCCAAGGCCACGUCUACUUCAUCCGGGGCCACCUGAGCUUCAAGGAGGCGGCGCAAGCAUGCCGCAACCACGGGGCUGCCAUGGCCAAAGUGGGGCAGCUCUAUUCCGCAUGGAAGUUCUCCCAGCUGGAUCGCUGCGAUGGAGGGUGGCUGGAGGACGGCAGCGUGAGGUUCCCAAUCACCACCCCCCGCCAGCGCUGCGGGGGGCUCCCACAUCCCGGUGUCCACAGCUUCGGCUUCCCCAGCAAGGAGAGGCGGAUCUACGGCACCUACUGCUUCGUGGAGGAGUAGGAACGCCGGGAGGAGAGGUGGGAAUGUGGUGGGAUACCAGCCCUCGGGGCGGAGCUCGGGGCAGGGCAUGAAGCAGGGGUCUCCUGGUGACUUUGAGUGGUUCCUACAUCAAUAGGAUGUCCGAUAGGGCCGGGUUUGGGCGCUUGGUGCAUCCUCUGAUGGAGCUGCCCUAGGGCUCUCUGGGUGCUCAGCCCAUUGCUGGGCUAGGAAGGGGGUCUCAUCCAGCACCCUUUUCCCCAAGCCCAGUGCAUCCCUCACCCCAUCCUCGCUUCCCACAGCCAGGAGGACUCUGGAGGGCUGGGCAUUACCCUGUGUGACUAAUAGAGUUUCACCUUCUCGAUUAAUAAAGCACAUA